GUUGGUCUACAAGAACGAUUGUUGAAGACCAAUCAUCGCUCGUCAAUUAACUUGGAGGAAGAGGUCAAUUCCAGAUCAACCCAUUCGAAAUGUCUUUCCAAGGGACCGCAUACCAUGCGGACUCGGACGCAGACGACGAAUAUGAGCGGAGUGUCAUGACAUCGCCCCAUCUGCCAACCGAUUCUGAAACCUCUCCCACCGAUUCAGAGCCUCCGUCAGCGGAGCAGACCCCGACAACAUACGGAGCUCCAGAGAAGGAUCAUCACUUGCCCAAGACAAUCAUCACAGAAUGGACCGCAGAGGAGUCUGCAGAUUUUGUGGCUGGACUCGGUCUCCGCCAGUACUGUGAUACGUUCAUAGAAAACGAAAUCGUUGGAGAGGCUCUCGUUGCCUUGAAACACGACGAGUUGAAGGAGAUGGGGAUCAACAGUGUUGGUCAUCGUUUGACCAUCCUGAAAAGUGUGUACGAGAUGAAGAUCAAACAGGACAUCCCAUUAGAUCCGGAUCAUUACAUCCCUCUCUCGGCGGAUCAGAGCUUGAACGAGAAUGCAACACAGGAGGACAUCGCUCGUAUCAUCCAGUCGAUACAGCUUCGUGAUGAGAGGAUUGUUGCAGCUGAAGCAGAACUCCGCAGGCUGACAGAAGACUACCGACGUCUACGCGAAGAAUUGCUUCCUGUCUUCAAAAUGGCCAAGGAUCGGUCGCAACCGUUACCCUACCAGCCGAGUCCCGAAUUGUACGACCACGAGAACCAACCUAUUACAACUCCCACCAUUACACAUCCACCAGAGCAGCAGAAGUCAUCGUCCGGGAUCUCACGGAGCUUCUCCAAGAGAAUUUUCACCGGUGGCUCUGGCUCCAAGAAUAACUCGCCCACGCAUAUCCCGCCGUCUGUCAAUGAUGGCUCAGUGCUCAACCCGUCUGCUGCAGCUGUUGCUGCUUCUACUCACCUCAGUGCAGGCAUGAAUGGACAGCCCUCUCCGAAAUCCGUCAACAUGCCUUCUCCAACGUCUCCGUCGCAUUAUCCUCAGACCCUCGCGUCGCGGUCCUAUGCCCCUGAAGGCGUCUCGAAUUCCAACCGUACUCAUGACCACUCCGAAGAUACAUCUGCCGGCCAGUCUCGACCAGAUAGAAAUACUUCCACUCCUGGUUCACAGUCGCGACAGGGACAAUCAACGUCCAGCUCUCGGGCAGAGUCAAGAGGCGGGGAUGGUGCGCCACCAAGUGUGGAAAUAUUCAAGUCUUUCCGUGUGUCUAUGGAUGAUCCAUGUCACAAGGUCCUUCCAGCUGCUCUAAAGAAAUACAACAUCAAUGCGGACUGGCGACAAUACGCACUCUACAUCGUGUAUGGGGACCAGGAACGGUGUCUGGGUCUCGACGAGAAACCGUUGAUUCUGUUUAAGCAGCUUGAUAAGGAAGGACGCAAACCAAUGUUCAUGUUGCGGAAACAUACGCAGCCGGCAGAAGGGCAUACAUCAAGCAUAUACUCGGCUACCGGUUCAGCACCGAACAGCGCAGGCUAUGACAGCAGUGGGCGACCUCAGAUCCAACUGCCUGGUGGCGUGCUGUAGCAAAUUCUCACCCACCUUCACCACGCGUAAUAUUCUGAGAGUAUUUGCUUCCCUCGAGAACUCUUCGCUGGUCGCGGUUAUCCUUUUCUAUUUUAUCU